AUGGAAGCACUUCGCGCUGCUAUUGCGGCAGCCGAACGCACCGGACAACGACUAGUGGUGGAAUUCUUCGGAUACUCCGGGCCAAGUUUUGUUCAGAAGCGUCUGGAGGAGCUUGAAGAACUAAGCGAGAUUUGCGACCGUAUAGAACGCAAUCCCGUUCUCGGGCGCGACCGCGAUACCGAGGCCAAUAUGAAAGUCCUUUUUCAGGAGAUCAUCUCCACAAAGCAGGACCACUGGUUCAGGCAGCCAUGGAAGUUCCUUGUCGGAAAAGAUGUAGACGAAGAGAUUGUCCGUCUUUUUAACAGGCUGCGGAGGGAGAAGGCGUCGUUGGAAUUGCAAAUAGCAACUGCCACCUCAGAUGCACAGUAUGAAAUGGGCGAGGAUCAUGAUACAGACCAGUCUAGCACCACUGCCAUUAACUACAAUGAAGACGAGGCGUUUCUUUCAGCAGUAUUCAUGACCGACCCAGUUGACGAAAGACUUGCUCUCAUCUCUACCAAAGGAAAAAGAGCCGACGGAACUUGCACGUGGGUGCUCGGAAGGGAUGCAUACCGCACGUGGAUGGACACAAGAUGCCCAGGCUUGUGGAUCACAGGCGGACCAGGUAUCGGCAAAUCCAUGAUGGCAAUUUUCAUGACCGAACGGCCUGAGCUGAAGACCGCAACGUCGGCCAAGGAGUCUGUCAUUUACUUCUUCUGUGACAGACAAGGGGAAGAGAGCAACAGCGCCCAGGCGAUACUUCGCGGUCUUAUCUGGCAACUCGUUAGGCUGAAGCCCAGCCUGACUAAAGAUGGGCUAUCUGAGUUGCUCUAUUAUCGGCGGAAGGCGAUAUAUGAUACGAGAAUGGUGACUCUGUGUCGAACUUUCAACAACAUGGUGGAAGACCCGGACGCUGAGUGCAUCUUUCGUGUGAUUGAUGGCCUGGACGAAUGCGAUAGCACAUCCAGCGAGCUGGUCAACUGUCUUCUGGGUGUGACUACUUCCAGGUUCAAGCCAAUAAUUCUCAGUCGACCCCUGGAUUGUGCACUGACGAACUCACUCUCCAAAUACUUUAUGAUACCUUCAUACAGAAAUCAGAAGGGAUAUUUCUCUGGGUUGGUCUUGCGGCACACGAGCUCGAAAAGAGGCCAUUGGCCAUGGUCGAAACCUGCCUACGCAGCCUGCCUUCUGGCUUACGUGGUAUCUACAGCCGAGUUCUGA